AGAUUUUGAUCAUUGACAGUAUCAUUAAAGUUGUUCUUCAAUAUGUGGCUAGGACAAGCUUUCACACACGGACUCCUGUUGACAUUUAUAACGAUCCUCAAUCGAAACACCGUUAAUGCUGAAGCAGAACAAACAACAGCCUUAGCUAACGUUUUAUCGACUGUUACAACUGAACCUCCUUCGAAUGUUGCACUUAAAUCAUCAGUUUAUUCAGAAACCAAGCCCAACACUCAACCAUUGAAAAUGAAAAAUAUAUCUACUUCUAUCAAUACAUUGUUAACCAAUGGCUAUUCAAUAAUUUCGACAGAUACUAAGGAUAUUAUAAUAAAUUCUUCUGCCUUAUUUUAUGCCAGUAAAGCAAUUCCUGAAGCGUCUACAAUAAGAGGAGAAAUACCAACGCGCAUAUCAUCAAGUGCUAAACUGGCAUCCUCGUCCGUUUAUCGUAUUGAAUCGAGUCCCCUGAUGAAAGCGUUCAAUGAUUCCAAGAAAACAGUUGUCCCAAUUAUGGCCGUACAAGCUUCAACGACUAGUAAACAAGAAACCUCCCCCAUCCUAAUUCAUUCGAAGGAGAGAAAUGAGAAUGCUACACGUCGAGUAAUUUUUUCUCAAACGCACUCCGUAUCCAUGGCAUUGGGCUCCUCGAUCCAACCAAAGCACCCGACUGUCAGUUCGAAUACACCUCGUCAAUCUACGAUAUUAAACACCCUUGCAUCUUCAAACCACGAACAAUCUUCAAUUACGUUGAGCCUGCAUGGUAAAGCAAAUACCUCAGACACUGAAGAGACAAGUUUUACAGUCUCUAUGCCUUGGGAAAAUUUCAAAAUAAUGAUGCUUACUACGACUUCUGUGAAGUCAAUGCAUCCAAAUUCAGGAAAGAGCCAAAUGAUCAAUAUUACCGCCUCGACUGCUCCCCCGGAAUCCAAAUCAAACCGGGCUAUUGUCGUUGUAACUAAAGAAAAAAAUACUUCCAUCCCCUUUAUCAGAGCUACCAAAUCAUUCCCCAAAACUGAAGUAAGUGCAAGCUAUUCCAGAAAUAUCUCUGAGAAAGCACACAUGAAAGCUAAUUCAACAAAAGGAAUUUCAACGUCAGAAAUAAAGCAAGCGAACAAGACAGCAGUUUUGGAACCUAGUCCAUCUUUGGUGUCAAAACAGAACAGGAGUGAAAUCAAGGUAGUAUUUACAUCACCUGCCGUUAACAUUACUGAAAUGUUAUACAGUAAAAUAUCAAAAGGUAGAUUCAACCCUACAAGAAACGAUACAACGGUUCAACAUAGCACAUCAAAAAGUGGAUUGCUUGCAAACAACUAUACAUCGAAAAUGAAUUCAACGAAAGAAAAAAGACCUGAUAAAACAACUAAUCUAGAGAAUUUCAUCACGUCAAGCCCUGUUGAAAAGUUGGAUUCCUUAAACAAAACUUUAAUUCCUACUCCGGUGCCAUACAUAUCGUCAUUAGAACGGUAUGUAUCUUCUGACAUGACUGCUAUUGCAAACCGCACAACUAUGGCAAGCCACAUCCUUAUGUCGGGUCAAUUUAGUAAAAUUUCCAGCAACCAAACGCACAUUGCGAAAAAUGUUACGACAUUUCGCAUGAUUCAACCGUCCACGAUAAUUCAUUACAGCACUCGUGUCUCUACCAGACCAACAUCUUCACCGACAAAGUUUAAGGUACAACAGUUUCGUGUUACUAUUAAAAUAACAUCAGAAACAUUUAGAAAUGAAUACAUAACAAGUGCCAGAGCAUUUAGGCAGAAAAGCAAUGAAAUAGCAGAACAAUUUGAUCGAGUGUUCAAAGACAUGGAGGAAUACUUAUUUACUGAAGUUUUAAGGUUUUUCAAUGGCAGUCUGGGUUGUGAUGUCGUCAUACACACUGAAUCAGUUGAAUCCAAACCAGUGUCAAUUGAUAGAAUCAGUAAUACUUUAAAACAGGCAAAGAGUACUAAGGGAGGAUUCGGGAAAUAUGUUGUGGGUAACAUUGAUGUUGAAGAGAAAAGUCCUGACGUGAAAGGCAGGGAUGACGAUGAUCAUGAGGAUAAAAAGGAAACAUGGGGUCGCAUGCCGAUUAUAGUUAUCUCAAUACUCGCUGGACUCUGUCUGGUUCUGUUUGUGAUGGUCAUAACGCAAUGUGUAAGUGAAAUAACAUUAAGGAAGAUUGAUAGAGAUGUAACUGCCUGAAGGAGAACUUCAACGUUUCGAGCGAAGUCGCUUCGUCGACUGAAGACCUUCGCUUGAAACGUCGAAGUACCUAGUUUCAUUUACUAUUUUUCCAUUAGUGCAUCCAAAAUAUUAUUUUCAUGUUUUCAAGUCUCAUUACCAUAAUUUUCUAAUUAGAAAGGGUUUUUUUUUAAUAAAAAUAUACAUGAGCAUAAUGGAUGGGUAAAGGAUGCGGGAGUAAAUAUAUUCGGCGGCAUCGGGGUAAUGAUUCCGCAAGGAAAUUUUGAAUAUAUAAGUCUUCAGAAAGGCAGAAAAUGGAAUUCCCAAAUUUUUGCAUUUUUAUCUUUUUCACUUUUAACUUCCAUGUUUUCCUGUCAAUGAUCUUAUAAGCUACCUGAAAAUCGGCUCAAAUCGUCUACAUAUUUUCAUGAAAUUACUCAUCAACAAAUGUAUACAAAUAAUUAUAAGGUGCAGUGACGCUGCGAAGACUCGAUAUAAUAGUAUCUAGAUUUCAUUUCCUGCAUCUUGAGCUGAAGAUUAUAGCGAUCUUUCGAUGCAGGACGGCAACGAAAUUAACGACGGCCAGAACAAAUUCAUUCAAAUAAUAAUUGUAAAGAAAAUUUAUUGUAUAGCUUUCAAUCGUAAAAAUUUAAUGCAGUUUGAUGAUGUUAAAAUUGGCGCUUUAUUGUAGAGAACAGUUCUACCUGUGACGUAGCCAAAGGGGGCCCAACCCCCCCUGACAAAAUAUUGGAACGCCCUUGGAGAAAAUCUGAUCAGUACAAGCAUUUAUUGUGCAUUAUAUUUUCAUUUCUUGUAAAGGAAAUUAUAUAUCUUGCUAUGCUUUAAAUGUUCUGAAAUCGUUUGUAAUUGAGUAUAGAGUUAUUAUGUAUAUGAAAUGGUUAUUUAAUAUCACCAAAACACAUUAAAAUAGCCGCUAGAAUUUUCAUUGUUCUAUAUAUGCCUUGAUAGCGUGGGAGUCAAAAUACAUUUUCGCAUAACAAACAAACUUUAUUCGAACUGGUGUAGGGUAAAUUGCUUCGGCCUCUCCUGUGAUCCCCCUCUCCAGACUAGAAAUCCUGGCUACGUCACUGAGAUCUACCUUAGCAGGGAAAGUUCGCAAUCUACCGCUCUAUUUUUUUAAUAUUACGAAUUUCAUUGUAUCAAUACUAUGUUCCGUCGCUACUAUUUCAUUAUGUCGAUCCGCUGAACAGUGUUACAGUGUAUAACUACAUCUCUCAUGCGCGCUCGUGCAUUUUAAAUGUCUUAAAUGUCGUAAAUAGUUCUUAAAGCGAGUUCUCGCAUAAGUAAGUUCAUUAGGAAAACUCCCUAGCUUUAUAAUAAAUAAAAUGCUUGCCGCGCCUCUUUGCUUUGACCUCAACCGACUUAAACUACAAUAUGAGGCAUUGUACAAAGAAUUUUACUGCCUUGUGCUUAGUUUCCACAAUAAUUUUCUAAUUCUUUAUCAGAUUCAGAAACGCCAUUACUCGCACUCACUGGCAGAUUCCAACGAAAUUCAAGAAUAUUCACCAGCCAUCCAACUGAAAUACAAUGACGACGGUGCCUUCAAAGAUGAAGAACGGGUUCCCAUGACGACGUUUAAUCAGACAGACAUUUACUAGUAAGGGGAUUGAUUAGACGAGAAGAUUUGAGUUUAUAGUCAUUAAUAAGUUGAGUUAGAAUUAAGUUGAGCGCUUUCAUUUGCCGCAUGUAAGGUCAGAAUACAUAGGUGGUUGAGUGAUAUGAAACAUUUAUAGAAACUGUUAUGUGCCAGCUCCGGCUGAGGAAACUCUUCUGGUGUGUCCUUAAAAUUGACAUUCUGGUGGCUUGCAUGUAUGUAUUUGUAUACAUGCACUUGGAGUAUUUUUGAAUUUUGAUUGCCUUGUUUUAUGUGUUCCGGAUGCUCAAAGGUGAUUAUUAGACGGUUUUUAGAUGCCUUCUAACACCAGCUCUCGCCAAGAUAUAAAACAACAUGUUAAGCAAGAUCUGCAUGGGGAUCACUCGUAGGACGCCUACUAGCUAUAUAAACAGGCUUUGUGACUGGUUGAUAGUAGAGAGUUUAAACAUGCAAGCGACGUUUACGAGAAACAUCCCUCCCCGAACGUCUGCCAAUUUGAAUAUUUUCGGGCAUAUUCACCCGAAUGUAAGGCCUUCUGUAAGGUUUCUGUUCUGUUACACGGACGACGCGUGCACAUAAUUUAGGCAUCAAAUAUAGCUUCAUCAGUGUGUUCAUGCAUUUGCUUGAAAUCAAGAACGCCACUCGAUGCUGUUUCACGUUGAAUGAAAAAGUCGCUUGCUUUAAGCUCUGUAAUAAAUGACACAAGAACAAGGCAUUUGCCAAAUACUGAUCCAAAAGAACAAGGCAAAUACUGAUCAUUCUUGUUUUAGGAAACCAAUCACAAAACGUGUACGUGUUUAUACUAAGAUGGUAGUUAUUACCUUAGAAACUUGUUAUAGGUGCAUGUGUGUUGUUGCAUACACGCGUGGAGUUUUGACUAUAUUAUUGUGACAGACCAUGCAUAGUAUUGAAAGAAAUAUCGUAGUUUCUACAAAAUCUACAAUCCUGGACAAAAAAAGUGGCUAAAACUAGUUUAUUACUUCAAAAUAUAAUUUUAAGACAUGUUUGUCCCAAUGAUGCCCCCUUCCCCCAAUAUCAAUGUUUGGCCAAGUUAUCUGGCCUCGAAUACACCCAUCAACCUUGAUAUUAGGGGUAGGGGGGUGAAAUUCGAUGAAUUUUCUUAUUUUUUAUCCUUUUUGCCCUUGCCAAUAAUUUAUGUCCAGGAUUGUAGAUAAACUAAGAAAUAUUUCGCAAACAUUCAUAAGCAAUGAACACAAGGAGCUGGUUGUUCAAACCUGGAUCAGCACUAACCCUCGGUUAAAAUUGAAUGUACUGUUUAAGUUUAUGUAUUUCUGCACGUCUGUUUAUUUCAAAACUUCAGAGAAAAAAACUUCUGCUGACCCAUGCAAGAUUUCUAAACAACCAUUUGCAAAUUUCUAAACAGGUUGAUGGGAAGUUUGCUUUGAAUUUUAGGUUACCGACAUAUAUGCCAGGGUUAUAUAUAAUCGGCUUUUGAACAACCAAACCCAGGGAAAGAAUAUUCUAUUAUAUAAGUGAUUAAACACUGUAUGUGGUGAUAGUGCAACUGAAAACUAAUUGAUUUUCUCUAAACACUAGAAAGAAAUAAGAUAUAAAGAAAGCGAAAGGCCUGGAAGUUCGAGCUAAAGCCGGUUACAGAUGAGCACGUUUUCUAUUUGACAAUUUUGUUCUAUAACAAGUGCACUUGUUCAAAAGCUAGCUUUUGAACAAGUGCACUUUUCUUAGAACAAAAUUUGUACUUUGACAAUUUUUUCUAUGACAAGUGCACUUGUUGAAAAGCUAGCGUACUUGUCAAAGUACACAUUUUGUUGGUCAUAUUAUGGGUCAACCAAAAACUUGUCAAAGUAAUCUGAGCAUUUGAUGUAAUUGGCCAGCGGCCUAUUUUAAUUUUUUCUGUCAUGGCGGCGAUAAAUACCUUUUUCUGACACGUUCAUACCAGUAAAUAAAACUUGUCAUAUGAAAUCCUGUCAUAUAAACUUUGGUAAUAAAACUUGUCACAUAAAAAUUUGUCAUGGAAAACUUAUCCGUCUGUAACUGGCUUGAAACUACGAUUCCAUAUCCCGUACUGUAUUCAAUUGCGAAGUUUAAGGAAAGACUGCAAUAUUAGCAAUUUCGUCCGAUUUAAAAAUGGUUCAGGGAUUGAUUCACAAGUAAUUUUAUCCAAGCCACAAGCAUUCUUGAAAUAUUUUCAGUUUUGAAUUUCCCUAAGAUUGUCGUCUCCAUGGCCAUUGUCUUUGAUUCUUCAAGCUCUAAACACAAGCGUUUGUUGCAGGCAUAUGCGUGGUCAGUAUUUCUUUCUGUCUGAUUUAGGCUGGUGAGAACUGUUCAGCACAACAACGUACAUGUACAGGGCCGUCGCCAGGGAUGUUGGGGGGUGUUUGACAUCUUGUCGGCAAAAUGAAGGAUUUUGUCAGCGGUUUUAACAUGGUCGUCUAAUCAAAUUUGAUCUCCCCCCGUCGACAGAUACUUCAGAUAAUUUGUCGACAAAUUUUUAACUUUUGUUGCCAAAUACCCCCCCCCCCCCCUGCUUAAACCUCUUCGCGACGGCUCUGCACAACAACAUUUUGAGAUACUAUUUGAUGUAUUUGACAUCAUUGUAUACAAAAUUUUAUCGAUAGAAGAGCGGAAUUAUACUAUAUUUAAUAUUAAAUUACAAAAAGUGCACAAGAAUAUAUUGUUAAUUACUAUUAAGACGUACUUUGACAAUAAAAUAUUUGUUAUUAUAUUUAUUAUAUAAAUAUUUGUUAUUAUAUUAAGAGCCUCUCUCUCAUGAACCAUGAGCCAAUCACCUUGCGUAAUGAAUUUACUAAUGAGAGCGAAGUUACAAGAUCAAAGAGUAUAUGUGACGGAAUCAUAGAAAGGUGUAUUAAAUGGCUGUGGUGCGUGAUGUUCAC